AUGACCAUCUUUAUCCAGCCUCUGACGUUCCAGAGUCAAAAUAUCACCAUCUCGGACUGGAUCAGCGUUCUGACUCUAUGCUUGGCGCCUCUCAUUGCUCACAUUCUCAUCGGCGCGCCUUCGCCAACAUAUCUCUCUCUCAGUCGUCCACCAUGGCACGAGCGCGUCUGCCAUUACAACCCCACCUCUAUUCUCUGGCGAUACGCCAUGAUCACUGAUCGCAGAAUCCGUGCCAAGAACUGGGACAAGAUCGACCUGGCUGCUACGAAUGCUUUAUUCUGGACUGAUGCGGGAUGGGAUGGCAGCGAAGAGAUCAUUGAAUACAGCCGCCCGCGAUGUGUCCAGCUUCCUGAUGACGAUAGAGUAACGUUACUGUCCAGAGACGCUUUCAAGACUCUCAUCAUCACUGUUCAAGGCCUCCAGGCCAUCAUUCUGCUACUUAGCAACCAGAUUGAUCCUACUGCACCAGGCUUCACCGUGUUUAUGGGCGUCGACAUCAUCUUCUUCCCGGUCGCUCUCUUCGGUCUUCUUAGACUUUGCAGCUGCAUCUGGCUGACUGAUGAAUUUUCUUUCGCUUCCAUGGAAGACCUCCCCUUGGGGACACCGCAGAUGAUUGAGUGCAGCACGACAUCAUUUGAGCUCUUGACCACCAACCCUGCGCUAUCAGGUCCACAGCGAUAUCACAAUCCUUCAUUUUGGGGCAGCAGAGUGUUUCGAAUUAUUUAUGUUAUCGCUCAAUUUGCCUUGAUUGCUCUUGCCCUGUCCUUUAUUGUGACCAUCGGUGGCUCAUCCCUCUACACAUUCACGACUUUCGUCGUUAUCAUAUUUUAUAUUUUUGUCAUUAGUGUGUCAGCACUGAUAACCAUUUGGUAUUUUGGUAUCAAAUCAUCAAAGUCAACCGUCAUACCAUGCAUGUCUUCGAUUUGGUACAAGUUCUACACUGGACUACUCUUUGGUUUUGGAAUUGCACUCAUUGCCAUUGCCUGCAUUGAGACUCGCAAAACUCCUUGCGGAAAAUUUACAAGUGGCACGGGUUGGCAAGCAGAUGCCUUGGCUUGUAUGGGUGGUGCUUUCGACAAGACUGAAUCGAGAAGUGUUGUUGAUGGCCCGUACAAUGGAACUACUUGGUACGGAUUUAUGCAUGCGAAGAAUGCUAGUUUUGUGCAGGCUGAGUAUAUGGACGAGCACCAAAAUAGUUUCAAUUUCACCAGGAUGUGCUUCAGCAGUAUGUAUGGGAUUUGA